CAAAUUCAUAUCAUUCUCGCCUUCCUUACUUCACCAAAGUCCUUGCAUUCGAAGCGACAAUGGCAGCCUCCACCAUGGCUCUCUCCUCCCCUUCCCUCGCCGGCCGGGCCGUGAAGCUCUCCCCGUCGGCCCCCGAGCUCUUCGGCAACGGGAGGGUCUCCAUGAGGAAGACCUUCAGGCCCGGCCCGUCCGGGAGCCCGUGGUACGGCCCUGACCGCGUCAAGUACCUCGGCCCUUUCUCCGGCGACCCCCCCUCCUACCUCACCGGCGAGUUCCCCGGCGACUACGGCUGGGACACCGCCGGGCUCUCGGCCGACCCUGAGACCUUCGCCAAGAACCGCGAGCUCGAGGUGAUCCACGCCAGGUGGGCCAUGCUCGGGGCCCUCGGGUGCGUCUUCCCGGAGCUCCUGGCCCGCAACGGCGUCCAGUUCGGCGAGGCCAUCUGGUUCAAGGCCGGGGCGCAGAUCUUCAGCGAGGGCGGCCUCAACUACCUGGGCAACCCCAGCCUGAUCCACGCCCAGAGCAUCCUCGCCAUCUGGGCCUGCCAGGUCAUCCUGAUGGGGGCCAUCGAGGGCUACCGCGUCGCCGGCGGGCCCCUCGGCGAGGUCACCGACCCGCUCUACCCCGGGGGGAGCUUCGACCCGCUGGGCCUCGCGGACGACCCCGAGGCCUUCGCGGAGCUCAAGGUGAAGGAGAUCAAGAACGGGAGGCUGGCCAUGUUCUCCAUGUUCGGGUUCUACGUGCAGGCCAUCGUGACCGGAAAGGGGCCGUUGGAGAACCUCGCCGACCACCUCGCCGACCCGGUGAACAACAACGCUUGGGCCUACGCCACCAACUUUGUCCCCGGAAAGUGAGCGAGGGUCUUAUGCAGACGAGAGGGAUUUUGUGACGAUUUUUUUUUUUUAAUGUGUCCUCAUCUCGUGUAAAUUCAUGCAAAUUACCUAAUGGAGAGCCGAGAAUAAUGUGACCCUUUUGUGU